GCGGCGGGGGCCAGCUGAGGUGUUGGCGCUGGCGAGGGGCUCGGGCGCGGGGGGUGGGGGGACGCGGGGCGAUGGCCCGCGCCGGCCGCCGGGGAGGAUAAGACGCCGUCGCGCCGCGGGUGUGGGCCGGAGGGAGGAGACGGUGCCCGAGCGCCCCAGGAGUAUGACGUGGCCGUACGAGCUGGUGUGGCGGGUGCUGCACGCGCUGCCCUGCCUGCACCGCACGCUCGCCUCCUGGCACCGCACGCUCGCCUCCUGGCUCCGCGUUCGCUUCGGCACCUGGAACUGGAUCUGGAGGCGCUGCUGCCGCGCCGCCUCCGCCGCGGUCCUAGCGCCGCUCGGCUUCACGCUCCGCAAGCUCCUGGCCGUCGGCAGGAACCGGCGUCAUCACCGGCACCCGCACGGGGGACCCGGACCGGCCGCCGCCCACCCCCGGCUGCGCUGGCGCGCGGACGGCCGGUCCUUGCAGAAGCUGCCGGUGCACAUGGGCCUGGUGAUCACCGAGGAGGAGCAGGAGCCCAGCUUCUCGGACAUCGCGAGCCUCGUGGUGUGGUGUAUGGCCGUGGGGAUCUCCUACAUUAGCGUCUACGACCACCAAGGUAUUUUCAAGAGAAAUAAUUCCAGAUUGAUGGAUGAAAUUUUAAAACAACAACAGGAACUUUUGGGCCUAGAUUGUUCCAAAUGUUCACCAGAGUUUGCAAAUAGUAACGACAAAGACGAUCAAGUUUUAAAUUGCCCUUCGGCAGUGAAGGUGCUGUCCCCAGAAGACGGAAAAGCGGAUAUUGUGAGAGCUGCCCAGGACUUCUGCCAGUUAGUAGCCCAGCAGCAAAGGAAACCCACAGAUCUGGAUGUAGAUCUACUAGAUGGCUUACUUAGUUCACAUGGUUUCCCUGAUCCUGAUUUAGUGUUGAAGUUUGGUCCUGUGGACAGCACAUUAGGCUUUCUUCCCUGGCAAAUCAGAUUGACUGAGAUUAUCUCUUUGCCUUCUCAUCUAAACAUCAGUUAUGAGGACUUUUUCUCCGCUCUUCGGCAGUAUGCAGCUUGUGAACAGCGUCUGGGAAAGUAAUGGUCCCUGAUUGCGUAUUAUGAAUCCAGGCUUUUGGAGAAAAGGACCCAAGUGACUCUGAUGUUUACAAAAUACCUAUAAAACCCUGUACACACCUAGUUCAUAUUCCUCAUAAUUUAUCAACAAACACAAAAAAGUGUCUUACUUGAGAGCGAGUGUGUGUGUGUGUGUGUGUGUGUGUGUGUGUGUGUGUAUGAAAAUAAAUUUAUAAAUGGGGGCACAUUGGAGAAUGGAGUAUAUAGACCUACAGUUCAAGCAAGUAGCAGCAGUGUGUGUCUUAGCAGCUGAGAGAUUUCGGGCAUAAAGGCUUCAGCUCCUGCUACUUCCCUGUUUUUGUGGGGAGUAUAGGGAGUGAGUACAGCUGUUCUAGUUGUUUUUUUGGGGGGAGAUAAUUUUUGUUUAGUCUUUCUUAAUGACCAAACUUUAAUUUCUAAGAAUAAUAUAUUGAGUUACUGAGAGGAAGUAUUCUCAUUGUGAGCGGCAUUCAGAGGCUCUGGAUGUUCACUCGUUGAAUAUUUGCUCACUUGCAGAGCGAAGGGAACAUCCUCAGAUUUCCGUCCAUUUCAUUUCUUCAUUACAGUAAACAGUAUGACUUGAGAGGACUGGUUUGGUGUCUCUUCUGGGUUAUAAAGAUCAUACUGAAGUAUAGAAUAUAAAACUUUUAAAUUCUGAAUUAGGCAGUUAAAAACCAAAAAGGUAAAUAAGCAGUCAUCUUAAAGAUGCAAAACUUCCGAAAGAACAGUUUUGAUUUUCUUAUUUGUGUGAUGAAUAGUAUGGUAUAUAGUACCCAAAGCAUUUUAAAAAAUGUUUCCAUUAGCUUUUUGUUUAAAAUAAACAUUUGUGAGAAGUUACCAAGGCAGCUUUUCCUCAGAAGUAACCUGCUCCUCUCAAGUGGCACUGGGAUUUUCUCUUCCCAGUUAGUCUCGUGACAACUGCAUGAGGGUUAAAUGGGAUAUGGGGGCUUGUCUGAGCAUAACUGAACUUGAUCUUCUGUGUUCUCUUGUAUUACAGAGAACAGCACUGGUUCUGACAGAAUUGAAUUCUUGACAGGUUAAUGUUUUGUUUUUUUUUUUCUACACUACUAAUCUUUGGAUGGAAAUCAUUCUUUAUAUUUGAUGGAUAGUUUUCAGAAAACUUUUAUCAACAAACAUACAAGAGUUAUGUGCAUUUAGAAUAGAGUGGUUUAAAUACUAGGCCUCAGAAAUCUGAAAAAAAUAGCAAAGGACAUGGAUUUGGAAAAUAAUAUGGUCUGGAACUGCUUGUCAGACUCUGAAGAAUACAUGUUUCAGCUUUGGAUUACAAACCCCAUUUAUGAUUUUUAAACUAUACUUGAAAUAAAAUGAUUAAAAUGAAUUUUGGUCCAGUGACAUUACUUUGCACUUCAGUUUUGAUUUUUUUUUUUUUUUUGUACAAAAUUUUAAAGUCUUAAUUUAUUGCCAAAAUUUUGUGUGAAGCUACAAUGUAUCUAAAGGUUAUUAGUGAAUUCUCUGUUUCUGUUUCCCUGUGCUGUGUGGGAUUUGUGUUCCUCUGGUUUUAUUUCACCAUGGCAGGCUAAUUUAAGGCAGUUUAAGGCCUUUUAUAAACAUGAUAGGCCUUUAUAGACUAUGCACAGCUUUAAUAAAUUAAAUUUACUGGGCCCAAUUGAAAUAAGAGGAUUCAAGGUUUGUUAAAAUGAAGUUUGCCAAGUUACCCUUUGGAACAGAGCCAAAAUCCUAGAGUUGAGUUUUUAUACUUUCUUCCUUCUGAAGUGUAACAGCAAAGCAAAUCCAUAGCAUAUGACCCAAGACUGUUGUGGCUUUAGGAAAAAUUUCGUAAGCAAGCUGAGGGUUUUGAAUUUAAAUCUAGGCAUUCAGGAAUCUUCUCAUAUCAGAUCAACUGCCAAUGCAGUCUCCACAACCUGAAAAGCACUGGGCAUUCUUCAGUUCCUACCAGGAUCAUCCCGAGGUGGCUGUCAUCAAAACUCUCUUUGUGCUCCCAAGGAACUUCGUGUCCAUGUGUAUUAAAGGUUUUCUCUUUAAAUUGUUUCUUCUUGACACACUCCACAAUGGAAAAGACACCAAGUCAAAGCUACUCAACAGAUGGUGUGUGGCAUAUAAAGAGGUUAGAGGGAUUAACUUCAUGUUGGAGUCUGAUUGUAGAUUGAGCCUUGAAACUGAAUAGUUAAUUGUUUGAAGUUGAAAAGCUGAUUAUAAUGUGAAUAGCAAAUUCUGGUAUGUUGUGACUAAGGCUUAAGAAUGCCUGUUUCUGACAAAAUAUUCCAUUAUUAGUGAACAGUGCCAAAUAACACUGUGCAUAUCGAUAAUUUCCCAUUUGAAUGUAUGAAUGUGUGUUAAUUAGCUGCUCCCAUCUGUAUGAAGGUUGGUCCCAUGCUUAGAGUCAGUGAAGUCCUUGUGAUGUUUGUUAUGCCUGUAGAUUUUGGCGACAUGUAAAUAAUGUAUACAGCAAGUUUUUAUGAUUAAGGAAUCAAAUUUAUUGAAUUUUAUUAUUGAAAGUUGAAAUAAAGAUGUAUGAACCAAAAAAAUCAAUAAAAGAAUAUACUCUU